AUGUCAGCACAAGAUGAUGCCACGCACACCGUGUGGAGGGUUGUCUUCCUCGGCUUAGUUAGAGACCACGUUGCAACUUUCAUACAGACCGAAAAGGCAAUGGUUGGAACUCUAAUUCAGGUUCGGGGUGCUAUUGAGCUACGAGAAGGCAUGACGCAUGAAAAAUUAGACGGCUACAACUUGGGCGAGUCUCGGAGGUUCAUUCGCAAGGAACGUCUUGGAAACACCAAGGAAGGCGUGGAUAAGUUUUGGACCUGUGCCCAAUCACUUCCAGCUCCAGAAUAUCAGUUCGGUAGCAAUGGGCCAACGCCGGGUGAGAGAAGGCGUUGCAUCGAGUGGCAGGCCGACUAUGAGAAGAAGCUUGCCGAGGAGGGCCUGGUGGUGGAUAUUCAAAAGGACGUUAAACCUCUGGGCGAGAAAUACACGGAAUGGCAUUGA